ACCCAACCCUCUCUCUAUCAUGGAAGUCGGAACCGCGCUUGCAAAACAGCCUCAAUCAGCGGCGCCGGCGUCUUCUCUGAUAAAACCCAACACUCUCUCUAUCGUGGAAGUCGGAACCCCGCUUGCAAAACUGCCUCGAUCACCGGCGCCGGCGUCUUCUCUGAUGGAACCACUUCUCACAGAACGAUCAGUGGAGCCAUUGGAAGAGGAUGGUGAAACCAUUGAAGUAAACCCAAUUGAUGCUGGUGAAGAAAAUGGAGAUUUGGAUGACUUGAAUGCCAAUGAUUGCAUGGCAGUUAAAAUUGGCCAAGUGUUCAGGGAUCCAGAUGAGGCAUUCGCUGAGUAUGUUAGGUUUGCGAAGAAACGCGGAUAUGCUGUCAGGAAGCAGCGUACAUAUCACAGAGAUUGGGGUGACAAGGGCGUUUACAGGAGGGAUUUUGUCUGCCACAGAGCUGGUUCCGGGGAGAGGAAGGGGGAUGGUGAGGAGGCAACAGGGAAUGAAAAGAGGACUAGGAGGUCGAUUCGGUGCAAUUGUCAAGCUCACAUGUAUAUAUGUGCCAUCAGGAAUGGUGAUGGAUAUUUGUGGGAGGUCCGUGGAUUUUCUGAUGAGCAUACCCAUGAUUUAUUGAAUCAGAAUGAAGUGCGGCAUUUAGCAGCAUAUCGUUUCAUCUCUGAUCACUUCAAAAACCGUCUACUAACCCUAGACAAAGCUAGAGUGCCUGUUAAGGAAAUGAUGACGUUAUUGGAGAAUGAACAGGAUGUUGAAGUUGGUGGCCUUCCAUUCAAUGUAAGAGAUGCUCGGAACUUCUUGAAUGCUCAUAAAACAAUUAGUCAGAAGAACGAUCCAAGCCAUCUUGUCAUGAUAUGUAAAAGAUUGAAAGACAAAGAUAAUGAAUUCUGGUAUGACUAUCAAGUUGACGAGGAGAAUCAAUUGGAACACAUAGCUUGGUCGCAUGCCACAUCAUUGCAUGGGUAUGAACAUUGUGGUGAUGUGGUUUUGUUUGACACGACCUACAAGCUUAAUGCUUACAAAAUGCUUGUUGGCAUGUGGGUUGGUGUGACGAACAAUGGUCAAACAUGUUUCUUUGGCUGUUGCUUGCUAAGGAACAGGAGGAUGUCCUCAUUUGAAUGGGCUUUUCGGGUUUUCUUAAAAUUUAUGAGAGGAAAGGCUCCACAAACCAUCCUCACAGAUCAAGAGCCUGGUAUUCUUGAAGCUGUUCGCAAAGUCAUGCCAAAUACAAAGCAUGCUUUAUGUUUAUGGCAUAUAUGCAGGAAGCUUCCUAGUUGGCUGGGAAACAGAUUAGGGACACAAUUUAAGGAGUUUAAAGAUAAAUUUGAUCAGUUGCCUGAGUUGGAAACAGAAGAAAAGUUUGUUGUGAGCUGGCAAGACAUGAUUGAGAAGUAUGGUUUAUCUGCAAAUAUGCAUAUGCGGAGUUUAUAUGAGUUGAGGUAUAUGUGGGCAAAGCCUUAUUUGAAGUCGUAUUUCUUUGCGGGAAUGAGAAACAACAGUAGGUUGGAAGCAAUGUAUGCUUAUAUUAAACACAUUGUUUCCUCACAAACACUGCUCAAUAAGUUCAUUGCACAGGUUGGACGAGCUUUGGAGGAAUUGGAUCAUGUAGGGGAACAAAUCACAGCAGAUCGGGAGAUGGACAACAUUGAUUUCCAAACUGGUGGCCCAAUUGAAGAACAUGCAUCUAAAAUACUCACCCCGUAUGCAUUUGGUCUAUUUAAGAAGGAGGUCAUAUCAUCUUUUCAUUAUGCUUGCGAUUCAAUUGAAUCUGGUGUAUGGGUUGUAAAGCAUAAUUCAUUGGAAGAAGGGGACUGUAAAGUGCACCAUGUCGUUGGAAACGAAACAAUUUCUUGUAGCUGCAUGGGAUUUGAGUUCAAUGGGAUCCUUUGUAGGCAUGCUAUCACAGUUCUCCAAAGGAACAAUUGUUUCCAAACCCCAGACCAAUAUCUGCUGCGUCGAUGGUGUCAUGAGUCCUUAAUGCAGUUAACUACCGUAGAUGAUGUGUCAGAUGGUCAUAGGGAGCGAUUUGACAGCCUGCAAGUUCUUGCUGCAGAGUUUGUAGAGGAGUACGCUAAAACAAAAGAGCAUUAUAAUGUUGCUGUUGAACUCAUGAAGAUAUCAAUUGCUAAGAUUAGGCAUAUGGGUUGUCCAAGCAGUAUUGAGCGUAAUGCUUUAAAUGAUCUUGAUAUGUCAUUAGUUGUCUUAGCAGAGGAUCAAAAUAGUUUUGAAAUCACAGAUUCUGCACUGGGGAAUGCAACCGAUUCCAUUACAAAGGGAAGAUCAAGGGAGGAAAUGGACAAGUGUACAAUGGAAUGUACGAAAAAACAAAGAAUUUGUAGAAGUCCUGGUUGUGGGCAAUCGGGGCAUGACAAGAGAAAUUGUCCUUCUCAAAAUGACGCAGCUUGCACCCAAGAGAAGGCCUAACUGUUUGAUCCGUGAUCCAGUAAGGAAGCUUAAUUGAAUGUAAAUUAGAAUGGCAUUAUGGUUACAAGAAUAUUGUGAUGGAGACUAACUCUUUAAGGAGGUUGCAGAUGAUUUGCGAAAGAGAUGGAUUCAUUUUGGAAACUAACUAGCCUACUGGAGGAUGGCUUUAAGAUUUUGGUAUCUUUUGAUGUAGUAUAUUUUUUGUAAUUUUCCUAUAGUGCUCAUCAUUUUACUCUUUUUUUUUAAAUUAAACAUGUGUCUAAUGUGAAGCCUUUAUGUUGCUGGGUAUUUUUUUUGUAAAUGGCUUUGAUCUCUGUACAGGACUCUGUCUCUAGUGAAUAUAUUGUUUUUCUUUCUGCAUGAAAGGAAA